CAGUUCCUUUGGCUAUUUUAGUCUGUAAAUCCCCUAUGGGUACCAAAUCAAAGGCCCGAUCAGUAUCCACGUGUCCAAAGAAUCACACCACGGUCAACACCACUAAUUUAAGACAACAAACAAGUAGGAGUAUGUCCCAUAUAAAUUCACCAUCCCACUCUCUUCCACACACGUCUGUGUGUAUAUAUAUAAGCCAAACAAUUACUCCAUGAGAAGAUCACUAUAUCUUCAAAAAUAAUAUGGUGAAAACGUCGUCGUCACCUUUUGGUGAUCCAGACCUCCGGUCACCCCUCAUCCCUCCGGCCAAGAAUCUCGACGGAGAAUCCGAAGCCGAGAAGCUAUGCAUAGAUGACAUGCUCCAAAAAUAUUGCGGCGAGUUUGGGGCAUGGCAAUUGAAGCACUUUGUGUUGACGAGCUUGGCUUGGGCUCUUGAGGCCUUCCACGCCAUGGUCAUGAUCUUCGCGGACCGCGAACCGGGGUGGCGGUGUGUGGGCGGUGGACCGGAGACGGUUUGUUGGUCAUCCGCCGUACAGAGUGUUUGUGGGCUGGAGCCCGGUUCGUGGGAAUGGAUCGGUGGUCCAGGAAGCUCGACAGUAGCUCAGUGGGGAUUGGUCUGUGGUGACAAGUACAAGGUUGGGUUGGUCCAGUCCCUGUUCUUUGGUGGCUGCUUGAUCGGUGCUGGAAUAUUUGGCCACCUCUCAGAUUCCAUCCUGGGAAGGAAAGGAUCUCUAACAGUUGUUUGUAUCUUCAACGCCAUCUUUGGUUGCUUAACAGCACUAUCUCCCAACUUCUUGACCUAUGCACUACUCCGACUCCUCACCGGCCUCAGCACCGGUGGCGUUGGCCUCUGUGCUUUCGUCCUUGCCACCGAACCCGUAGGCCCAACAAAGCGUGGUGCUGCAGGAAUGUCCACAUUCUACUUCUUCUCAACCGGGAUAGCCCUCCUCUCCGGCAUAGCCUACGUUUGCCAAUCAUGGCGCUCUCUCUACAUCGCUUCCUCCAUCCCCUCCAUCCUCUUCCUCGUCCUCAUCCUCCCUUUCAUCUCUGAAUCCCCGCGAUGGUACCUCAUUCGCGGGAAGAGCAAUCAGGCCUUGGAAAUCAUGCACAGCAUCGCCAAAACCAAUGGAAAACACCUCCCCCAAGGUGUCGUCCUUGCGCUAGACGAGGAAGCAAACGAUACCCCAAUUGAUACUAAGCAAAAAAAUAAGGUAGAAGAAGCCAUAACAGGAUCGGUGAUUGAUGUGAUACGGUCUCCACUCACUCGUGUUCGAUUGUUUCUAGCAGUGGCCAUUAACUUCUUGUGCUCAGUUGUGUACUAUGGACUUAGUUUAAACGUGGUCAACCUCAAAACAAAUCUGUACCUCAAUGUGCUCCUUAAUGCUGUAGCGGAAAUGCCUGCCUUCACAUUGACCGCGGUGUUGUUGGAUAAGUUUGGUAGGAAGCCAUUAGCAAUUGGGACACUGUGGUUCAGUGGGCUGUUCUGUGUUAUAGGGAGCUUGGUGGGAAAUUAUGGAGUGUGGAAGAUAGUGAGGAUGGUUUGUGGGAUUUUGGGGAUAUUUGGGAUGGCCGGGACUUAUAAUUUGCUGUUUAUAUACACAACGGAGCUGUUUCCGACUGUAGUUAGAAAUGCAGCGCUUGGAUGUGCAACCCAGGCUGUGCAGAUGGGGGCGAUUUUGGCACCAUUUGUGGUGGUGUUGGGUGGUGGAUUGCCGUUUGCGGUGUUUGGGGUAUGUGGGGUUGCGGGAGGAUUGCUUGCGUUUUACCUGCCGGAGACUUUGAACCGGCCGUUGUAUGAUACCAUGGCUGGAAUGGAGGGCGGGGAAAAUGCUUUUGGGACUGCUUAAGUUGUUUUUAAGCUCCAAGUUAUAACUUAAUUUGGCUCUCAACUUUGUCACUUGAAGAAUACAUAUUGUAAGCUUAAUUUAAUUCCAUGAUCGGUCAAUGUUUAUUUUCGUA